AAUUAACAAAAACAAAACAAAACAAAAACACAGGUCAGGCUUUUGCCCUGGAAUCAAGGGCACUCUUUAAAAAACAACACACAUUUCUGAGUCUCAGAUAGGCCAGGACUGAUACUGGGAGUAUUAACAAUCAUCUUAGCUUCUUCCUCAACACGUCCCUGGAAAGUGCAUUCCCAAUUCACAGAUCAGGAAACGAAGGCUCAUAAGGAUUAGACAAAGUGCAGAGCCAAGACUUGAAUGCUGGUGUCAGAUGAUCUGAUGCCACAUCCGUGACCCUGCGCGGCCCACACCUGUCUCGGAUGGGCCUGCUUCCCCUGGGGACUGUCAUGUCUUCCUGUUCUCGAGAUGCUCUGGUCUCGCCUCCACUUCCUCACACCCCCCACCCAGAGCCCUGACCCUGUGCUUCUCCCCAUCAGGUGUGACCCAGGCUGGGAGGGGCCGCACUGUGAGCGCUGUGUGAGGAUGCCUGGCUGCCAGCACGGUUCCUGCCACCAGCCCUGGCAGUGCAUCUGUCAUGGUGGCUGGGCGGGCAAGUUCUGUGACAAAGAUGAGCACAUCUGUACCACGCAGUCCCCCUGCCGGAAUGGAGGCCAGUGCGUAUAUGAUGGGGGUGGCGAGUACCACUGUGUGUGCCUACCGGGCUUCCACGGACGGGACUGUGAGCGCAAGACUGGACCCUGUGAGCAGGCAGGCUCCCCGUGCCAGAAUGGCGGCCAGUGCCAGGACGACCAGGGCUUUGCCCUCAACUUCACGUGCCGCUGCUUGGCAGGCUUUGUGGGCGCCCACUGUGAGGUGAAUGUGGACGACUGUCUGAUGCGGCCGUGUGCUAACGGCGCCACCUGUCUGGAUGGCAUAAACCGCUUCUCCUGCCUCUGCCCGGAGGGCUUUGCUGGACGCUUUUGCACCAUCAACCUGGAUGACUGUGCCAGCCGCCCAUGCCAGAGAGGGGCCCGCUGUCGGGACCGGGUCCAUGACUUCGACUGUCUCUGUCCCAGCGGCUAUGGCGGCAAGACUUGUGAGCUCGUCUUACCUGGCCCAGCCCCUGCCACCCUGGCAGACAUGCCCCUGGGGCCCACCUCGGCUAUGGUGGUCCCUGCCACGGGGCCUGUCCCCCACAGCGCAGGGGCUGGCCUGCUGCGCAUCUCGGUGAAGGAGGUGGUGCGUAGGCAAGAGGCCAGGCUGGGCGAGUCUAGCCUGGUGGCCGUGGUGGUGUUCGGGGCCCUCACUGCCACCCUGGUCCUGUCCACGGUGUUGCUGACCCUGAGGGCCUGGCGCCGGGGCGUCUGUCCCCCUGGACCCUGUUGCUACUCUGGACCGCACUAUGCCCCGGCACGCCAGGACCAAGAAUGUCAGGUCAGCAUGCUGCCUGCAGGGCUCCCCCUGCCACCUGACCUGCCCCCCGAGCCUGGAAAGACCACGGCACUGUGAUGGCGGUGGGGCUUCUGUGCCGCCUCCACCUCCUCUGUCCUUCAGACUGGAAUGGUCCUCACUUGCCACCCCUCAGUGGCUUCACACAAGAAAUAUUAUUUUUUUAAUACACAGAAUGUAAGAUGGGAAUCUUAUUCAAUAAAACUAUGAAGU